AUGUGGCGAGUGACUGUACGGGCGUUGGUGGUUCUUCUGUCCGCCUGGCUCUUUGGGACGCUGGUUUGGGGCUGGUUUCAGCAGAACGGAGAUGAGAAGCCCCGAACACAGCACACGGAGCGUCCGGGAAGAGGCUCCGGUGACCCGGACCAGAGCUGCUUUUGCCAUCUGACCGGCGUUCUGGACGACUGCUUCUGUGACGUUGAAAGCAUCGACGUGUUCAACAACUUCAAGAUCUUCCCUCGAAUCAAGAAGCUGACGGAGAGAGACUAUUUCAGAUACUACAGGGUGAAUUUGAAGCGUCCGUGUCCCUUCUGGCCCGAUGACGGACACUGUUCCAUCAAAGACUGUCAUGUGGAGCCCUGUCCAGAGAGUAAAGUCCCCGUCGGCAUCAAGUCUGGGAACUACAACAAGUAUUCACAGGCGGCCAAUUCCAUGUCGGACAUGUCGGAGUGUGAACAGGCCAAAGAACUGGGCGCCAUCAACAGCACCCUGAGUAACCAGAGUAAAGAGGCGUUCGCUGACUGGGCGAGACACGACGAUGCCCAGGAUCACUUCUGUGAAUUGGACGAUGAAACAUCUCCUGAUGCUGAGUACGUGGAUCUGCUCCUGAAUCCAGAGAGAUUCACCGGAUACAAAGGUCCUUCUGCCUGGAGGGUGUGGAACAGCAUCUACGAAGAAAACUGCUUCAAGCCCAGAUCAGUGUACCGACCUUUGAACCCUCUGGCUCCGAGUCGAGGAGACGAUGACGGAGAAGGUUUCUACAACUGGUUGGAAGGUUUGUGUUUAGAGAAGAGGGUUUUCUAUCGGCUCAUCUCCGGCCUCCACAGCAGCAUCAACAUCCACCUAUGUGCCGAGUACCUGCUGGACGAGGGAUGGGGCCGGUCCGUUUGGGGUCCCAACGUCCAGGAGUUCCGGCAGCGCUUCGACGUGGCUGAGACGAAGGGCGAGGGCACACGGCGGCUGAAGAACCUGUACUUCCUGUACCUGAUCGAGCUGAGGGCGCUCUACAAAGUGGCGCCGUACUUCGAACGGGCCGUGGUCAACCUUUACACGGGAAACAGUCAGGAGGACGCCGCCACCAAGGAGCUGCUGCUGCAGGUCUUCAACGAGAUCCGAAUGUUCCCCAUGCACUUUGACGAAAAAUCCAUGUUCGCUGGACACAAAAUGGAAGCCAAAACGUUGAAGGAGGAAUUCCGUCUCCAUUUUAAGAACAUUUCUCGGAUCAUGGACUGUGUUGGCUGCAGUAAAUGUCGACUUUGGGGAAAACUGCAGACUCAGGGUCUGGGUACAGCUCUGAAGAUCCUGUUCUCAGAGAAAGAGAUUAAAAACCUCCCUGAACACAGUCCGUCCAAAGGCUUCCAGCUGACCCGGCAGGAGAUCGUGGCCUUACUGAACGGCUUUGGCAGGUUGUCCACCAGCAUCCAUCAGCUCCACAACUUCCGCAUGUUGUUGAAGGAGACCAGGUAACAGCAGGUGAUGCAUCCUCUGGCCAGGAGGUGGCGUUGGCCCUCAGAAAACUGCAAUAGUCUAAUCCUCUAAUCCUGCAGAAGAAGAAGAAGGAAAAUCUUUUUAAUAGACAUGAGGAUCAGCGCUGAAUCCCAACUCUCUGCUUUCAUUCACCUUCAUCCUCCGCCUUCUUUAUCUGAAAUCAGAACCGCCUUUCGGACCUUUAGUCUCCGCCUUUGGUUCGAGAGCCAGGAGCCGCCAUUCAUUAAAGGACACCGCUGAAGGAAGUCAUGACCUCGCUCUCAGUGCCCAGAUGAACUCACGAUGUCUGGGAACAAACUGACACAGAAGUCCAGGAGACACUUCCACUGGCCCCGCCCCCUGCCAACAUCAGAUCCUGUUGGAUUCAGACCUGAUCUGAAGGCAUUUCUGAAGGCCUCGGUUGGACGGAGCUUCGGUCUUGUGCUGCUGCUUUUUGGUUUUUGUUGAUUUUCUUCUUUGCAUACUUUCUGCUGUGUUUUUGGAGCCUGAUGAUCUGGACCAUUGGGCUCGCGUCGACCCAUCUCAGGCCUCAACAUUCAUGACUGCUCGCUAGAAAGUGUCUGCACAUGUGCAAAAACCCAUGAUCCUUUGAGUCUGAUCACAGCCGUCAACUUCAGCAUUAAUGAAACACACCCGUUUAAUAUUAGAGC